AGGUUAAACCUCAAUGGAAAUUUCCACUCUCUCCACUCCAUACUAAUAGAGGAAGCGCCGGGUUACCGAAGUAUUCUAAAGCAGACAGCGACAAGGAACAAUCUUGAAGAAUCACAAGACAAUCUAACUGUGACCGAGAAACACUUGAAUCUACACUUCUACUUUUACACUUCUAUUUAAACUUUAUUAAAAGUCACCAUGUCUCAGCAGCAGAUGAACCUCCCAGCCAAGCUCAUUAAUGGAGGCAUUGCUGGCAUUGUUGGCGUUACCUGUGUCUUCCCCAUUGACUUGGCAAAGACCAGGUUACAGAAUCAGAGACCAGGUCAGCAGGCCUACAAGAGCAUGAUGGACUGCCUUGUCAAAACAGUUCGAUCAGAGGGUUACUUUGGAAUGUACAGAGGCGCUGCAGUAAUUUAACCCUGGUCACUCCCAGAGAAGGCAAUAAAGCUUGCUGCUAAUGACUUCUUCAGGCACACCCUCGCCAAGGAUGGUAGAAACAAAGGGCUGACCGUGUUCAAAGAGAUGCUGGCAGGUUGUGGAGCCGCAUGUGUCAGGUUGUAGGCACAACCCCCAUGGAAAUGCUUCAAGAUACAGCUACAGGAUGCAGGCAGACUCGCGGCCCAGCAGCAGAAACCUGUCAUGAUGUCCCCUACCAAGCUGGUGGCCACCAACACCAUGCUCAGCCGCUCCUACAACUCUGGCACAGUGGUCACAGCACCACGAUCUGUGUCCGCCACACAGAUCGCGAAGGAGCUGUUCCACACGCACGGCCUCCAGGGACUCUACAAGGGUCUGGGGGCCACACUCAUGAGGGAUGUCCCCUUCUCUAUCGUGUACUUCCCAUUGUUUGCCAACCUGAACCGCAUGGGUAAACCAAGUCCUAUGGAGGCGUCUCCCUUCUACUGCUUCUUCUCUGGCUGUGCGGCUGGAUCCACUGCUGCUGUGGUUGUUAACCCCUGUGAUGUUGUGAAGACCAGACUGCAGUCCAUGAACAAAGGGUCCACUGAGGAGACGUACAAUGGAGUCAUGGAUUGUGUGAGUAAGAUAAUGAGGAAGGAGGGACCAUCUGCUUUCCUGAAAGGCGCUGGCUGUCGAGCUCUGGUCAUCGCUCCUCUGUUCGGCAUCGCACAGGUUAUGUACUUUGUUGGCGUUGGCGAGUACAUCAUGGACAACGUGCCUCUAGGCCUCAUUUCCCCAUGAACAGAUCAUGGUGCGAGCUGGAUAUGAGCAGGAUCUCUUAGAGCGAAGAUGGUGGAACAACUGGCAGCUACAUACCACCAGUUUACAGCAUAAAGAAACACAAGACCUGUCUGAUGAGGUCAGAGAGGCUUCAGGGUGUGAAGACCUACGGGUUUCAUCACCCGUACGGUCUGACAGUUGUGUUGCACUUGAAACACUUUGUGACUUAUCCAGUAGGCGUUAGCCCACGUUUUGCACUUGAAGCUGUUUUAGCCUUACCGGCCUGAGGACCCAGAGUUGCAGUGUUAUUCUUUCUCUGUCCCUAAUAACAGCCCUGUUGCGGUUCCCUCUGUGAGGGAGGGGUGCUCACUCCCAUCAAAGACAGACAUUGAUCUGUGUUUUCAUAUUGUUUUGUAUGUGAACGCUAGUUUCAUCGGGAAUACUGAAACCGCUGCUUGCAGUACCUCACUGUUAAGAUGUUAUUUUUUUCUCCUUAUGUUACAAAGCCUUUACGUUGAGUUGUUUUCAAAUUGGGAACACGUGGGGCACAAUUUGUUUCAAAUUAAUAUUAUUUUAAUUAUUUUUUUACACACAUUUCAGCAGUGGCUUGGUAUACAGUCCGUGGUUAGUUUUAAUUGAUCGUGAACCUUCGUACAGUCCUUGGGACCACACACAUUUGCCAAACCAUUAGCAGUGUGCUGUUUGAAACUUGCUAUUAACCCUACAACUGUUUUAAUAAUCUGUGAAUUUGAGUCUUUGUAUCAUGUUAUCUGCAAAAACUUGAGAUGCAUCCAUGCACAUCAUAUAAAUAUAUGUAUGCAUGUUUUCAUGCACAUUACCUUGGUUUGGACUUUCAAUUAUGCAUACUUACAAUCUGACUCCAAAGAAUACUCUUGGUUUAUGCCUUAAGAAGAGCAGAUUGGUGUUUCUUUGUGGCAUUUUGUCCAAAAACGCAUUAUUACUGUGACUGUGAGCAUGUGAAAAACGACUGUUACUUAAUAUUGUAUUUGUUGUGGCUUUUUGUACAUACCAUAUAUACAUGCAUUAAAUAUUUGAAAUGCA